AUGGCGGAAAAUGAACCAAAUAGGCUUAUUCUACGAGAUUUUGUUUUACCGGGAACACAAGGUUCUCAAACUAGCAUUGCAAGGCCAACGGUAAAUGCUAAUAAAUUUGAAAUUAGACCAUCACUGAUUCAAAUGGUACAACAAUCUCAAUAUGGAGGUAAUGCUACCGAAGACCUAGAUUCUCACUUGUCAACAUUUUUUGAAAUCUGUGAUACAAUUAAGUUUAAUGGUGUUAGUGAUGAUGCAAUUAAAUUUCGAUUGUUUCCAUUUUCGUUAAGGGACAAGGCCAAGAUUUGGUUACAAUUUUAUUCUCCAAAUACUUUUACUAUUUGGGCUGAAUUAGCUAAGCCUUUUUUAAAUAAAUUCUUUGCACCUGGAAAAACUGCUAAGUUUAGAAUGGAUAUAACUAGUUUCUCUCAACAGGAAGAAGAGACAUUGUAUGAAGUUUGGGAGCGCUAUCGGGAAUUGCAACGAAGAUGUCCUCAUCAUGGUUUACCAGAUUGGCUAGUAGUCCAAACAUUCUACAAUGGUCUCACAUAUCCAACAAAGACGCAUGUAGAUGCAGCAGCGGGAGGAGCAUUGAUGAGAAAGACAGUCGAUGAAGCUCAACAAUUGAUUGAAGAGAUGGCUGCUAACAACUACCAAUGGGCAAAUGAACGAGAUAAUACAAGGAGAACCGCUGGUAUGUUAGAAGUAGAUACCUUGAAUAUGUUAAGUGCAAAAAUGGAUAAUGUGGUUAAGAUGCUUAAUAGGUACGUUGGUUCUACCUCUAAUCGAGGAGUAGUUGUUGCAUGUUGUACUACUUGCGACGAUGAUCAUGAUGAUUCUAUGUGUUCUAGCAGUGGACAGGUUCAAUAUCUCAACAAUUACAACCGUCCACCCCAAAAUAAUCCAUACUCUAAUACCUACAAUCCAGGGUGGCGUAAUCACCCGAAUUUCGGAUGGAAGGAUCAAGGGAACCAACAAAGACCAGUUAAUCCACCGGAUUUUCAACCGAAACAACCACUUCCGGAGUCCAAACCAACUUGGAAAUUGGCAAUUGAAAAGCUAGCAAAUGUAUCAAAUGAUAAAAUUGAAAAGUUAGUCAGUGCCACUACUCAACGGUUUGAAAGAAUUGAGGGACGGAUGGAUCAACUCACUAAUAUGUACAGAAAUGUUGAGAACCAAUUAGGGCAAAUAACAAAUGUGGUUAACAAUCGCAACCAAUGGGAUUUACCUAGCAAGACUGAGGUGGACCCAAAGGAGCAUGUGAAGGCUAUAACCCUCCGUAGUGAUAAGGAAGUAGGUGAGCUACCUGUAGUUGAACAUGAGAGAGAAUGUGAAAGAAGAGAGAACAAGCAGUUGAGUGAGUUAGUAGAGGACGGCAAGAAAAUCAAAAGGAAAGAAACGAUGGAGGAAAAUGAACUACAAAUGGGAGAUACAACACCAAUUCCUCCACCGGUGCCAUUCCCUCAAAGAUUGAAGCCUUCAAAAAAUGACAAAGAAUUUGAAAAGUUUGUCAACAUUUUCAAACAAUUACAUAUUAAUAUUCCUUUUGUUGAUGCUAUUUUGCAGGUUCCUUCAUACGCAAAAUUUCUCAAGGAGAUAAUGACUAAGAAAAGGAAGUUAGUAGAUGGUGAGACAAUUGCAUUAAUGGAAGAAUGUACUGCUAUUAUACAAAAUAAAUUGCCACCAAAGUUGAAAGAUCCAGGAAGUUUCACAGUUCCUUGCACUAUUAGUAAUGUAGAAUUCUCUAAAGUAUUUUGUGAUUUUGGUGCAAAUGUUUCAUUGAUUCCUUUAACUGUGGCUAGGCAAUUGGGGUUGAAAGAAUUAAAACAUGCUAACAUUUUCUUGCAAUUGGCUGAUAGGUCUAUUAGACAUCCAAUGGGCAUAUUGGAGAAUAAGACAAAUGAAAGGCGUUACCUUUAUCCCUUUCCAGAGGAAAGAACAGGAUCUGGGCUGAUGAACUGGGCGUCCUUGCGCAGCCUAAAAGCUUUAUCUUCCUCGGCUGUCAACGUUCUUCUUCAGGUCCGCAGUACUCGUAUUGCUUGA